AUGGCGCUGAACGCCGACAUGGUCCGGCAGAAGGAAGCGCUGCGGCUGGCGGAGCGCAACAGCAUGAACAAGAGCAAUGCCUUCGCCAGCUCCAGCCACGACAUCCGGUCCGCGCUGUCCGCCAUCGCCGGCCUCGUGGACAUGUUCCGUUCGGAGUCGCAGUCGCUCCCCGGCAUCAUGGAGAACCUCGAUCAGAUGGGCGUCAACACCAACAAGCUGUUCGGAAAGUCGGGGAAGAUGCAGCUGGAGGAAGCUGAGUUCAGCAUGGCAGAUGUCCUCCAGGAGUCGGUGGACAUGGCAAACGUGGACGGCGUCCGGCGGGGGGUUGAGGUGGUCUGGGACCCCUACGACUUCUCGGUCCAGAGAUGUGCGGCCGUCCUCGGUGACAGCAAACGCCUCAAGCAGAUCCUGGACAACCUGCUCGGCAACGCCCUCAAGUUCACCGACGAAGGCCACGUCGUCCUCCGGGGCUGGGCAACCCGGCAGAUCGCCGGGAGCAGCGUCAAUGCUCCAUCAAGGUUUGCGCACCCAUGGCACAGUGGCGGCGGUUCCUUGGGAUGUUUGUUCGGAGCAAGUGAGGAUCCUGGUGACCAGGAUCAUGUGCAGAAUGACCCCAAUUUGGUUGAGUUUUACUUUGAAGUGGUUGACACCGGCAUUGGGAUCCCCAAGGAGAAGAGGAUGUCUGUGUUUGAAAACUAUGUUCAGGUGAACAAUGGCCAUGGUGGCACAGGCUUGGGGCUCGGAAUCGUGCAAUCCUUUGUACGUCUGAUGGGAGGAGAGAUUAGCAUCAAGGACAAAGGGCCCGGGGAAAGGGGAACAUGCUUCGCGUUCAAUGUGCUCCUGAAGAUAAGCGAGUUGAGGAACAACACUGGUCCCAGGAGAGCCAUCCCUGGGCGGAUUCCUUCUGGUAUCCUUAUUGUCAUCGACGUGUCCGGUGGUGGACUGGAAGAAAUUUGCCAGGAGAUGGCCAAACUUGCCAGGAUCGAGCAUCAGGCCCCAAGCAAAGUUGUUCUGCUGGAGGAUAUCAAGACCCCUUCCAAUGAUCUGAGGAGGCUCAAGGAGCUGGGUUGCAAUCUUGUUCUGCGAAAGCCAGUGCAUGGGUCUCGCCUGUUCACUCUCCUUAUGACCCUGAGAGACCUCCAAGUUUCAGAUGCACAACAAGCGCAGUCUUCUCAAGUUGGUCCUGAGAUUGCUGGGAACAACAGCCAGCAGCAAGAUUUGCCAGAUGUUGUUGUUCCUUGUGUGCAGGAAGCUGCUGCAUCGACUGAAGCUUCAUGCUUGGCUCAGAAGCAGAAGCCUGAAGAUGAUGAUAAGCCGCUAGCCGGGAUGCAAAUCUUGCUGGCUGAAGACACUGUAGUGCUGCAAACAAUCCAGAGGAAAAUCCUGAACCAGCUUGGAGCAACUGUCACAGUAGCUCAAGAUGGAGCCGUGGCUGUGAACUUGCUCAGAGAAGCUCUUGAGCAAGCUAAUGUUUCAGAAGAGGAUAUAGUGCCCUUGCCCUACCAUGUCAUCUUCAUGGAUUGCCAGAUGCCCAAUAUGGAUGGCUAUGAAGCGACGAAACUCAUCCGCGGGGAAGAACGACGCCACGGAAUUCACACUCCGAUCUCAUCGCACUGA